AUGUGGGCGAUCUGGAGCUCUUCUUUCUUUUUGGUCUUUCAUUUGGUCGUCAGGGUCUCCGGUAAUGCAGAAGGCGAUGCCUUGAAUGCAUUAAAGAUGAAUUUACUUGAUCCGAACAAUGUUCUUCAAAGUUGGGAUCCUACACUCGUCAAUCCCUGCACUUGGUUUCAUGUAACAUGCAAUAGUGAAAAUAGUGUCACGCGUGUUGAUCUUGGAAAUGCAAAUCUAUCUGGUCAACUGGUUACGCAACUUGGGCAGCUUCUGAAUUUGCAAUACUUGGAACUUUUCAGCAAUAACAUAAGUGGAAGAAUUCCUGAUGAGCUUGGGAAUCUGACAAACUUGGUGAGCUUGGAUCUUUACUUGAACAAGUUAAAUGGUCCAAUUCCAGUGACGUUGGGCAAGCUUCAGAAACUCCGUUUCUUGCGUCUCAACAACAACACCUUGUCGGGAACGAUUCCUAUGAAUUUAACUCUGGUUACCUCCUUGCAAGUCCUGGAUCUUUCUAACAACGAUCUACAUGGAGAUAUCCCUGUCAAUGGUUCAUUCUCUUUAUUCACUCCUAUCAGUUUUCAAAAUAAUCCCCGCCUCAAUCCUCUUCCAGCUUCUCCACCAUCUUCUUUUCCACCACCAGGGGGUGCUUCUAAUGGAAAUAGUGCCACUGGAGCUAUUGCUGGGGGAGUUGCUGCUGGUGCUGCUCUGCUGUUUGCUGCCCCUGCAAUUGCACUUGCUUACUGGCGACGAAGAAAACCACAGGACCAUUUCUUCGAUGUACCUGCCGAAGAGGACCCAGAAGUUCAUCUUGGACAGCUUAAAAGGUUUUCUCUGCGUGAGCUGCAAGUUGCAACUGACAAUUUUAGUCACAAAAACAUUUUGGGCAGGGGUGGAUUUGGAAAGGUUUAUAAAGGACGUUUAGCUGAUGGCUCUCUGGUGGCUGUUAAAAGAUUGAAAGAGGAGCGCACCCAGGGUGGGGAACUGCAGUUCCAGACAGAAGUUGAGAUGAUCAGCAUGGCUGUGCAUCGGAACUUGCUUCGUCUACGUGGCUUUUGCAUGACUCCAACUGAGCGGUUGCUUGUCUAUCCUUUUAUGGUUAAUGGAAGUGUAGCAUCAUGUUUAAGAGAGCGUUCAGAAUCACAACCCCCACUUAAUUGGCCAAUAAGGAAGCAAAUUGCAUUAGGAUCUGCACGAGGGCUGGCUUAUUUGCAUGAUCAUUGUGAUCCUAAGAUCAUUCACCGUGAUAGGGCUUUUGAUCUUGCUCGCCUUGCGAACGAUGAUGAUGUAAUGUUGCUUGAUUGGGUGAAGGGACUUCUAAAAGAUAAGAAGUUGGAAACGCUGGUUGAUGCUGAUCUGCAGAGAAAUUACAUCGAUGAUGAGGUUGAGCAACUGAUCCAAGUUGCUCUACUGUGUACACAAAGCUCCCCAAUGGAACGACCCAAGAUGUCAGAGGUUGUUAGGAUGCUUGAAGGGGAUGGCUUGGCGGAGAGAUGGGAGGAAUGGCAGAAAGAGGAGGUGUUCCGUCAAGAUAUUAAUCAAACUCAUCACCCAAACACUCAUUGGAUCGUUGAUUCCACUUCCCACAUCCCUCCAGACGAAUUGUCCGGACCCAGAUGA